AUGUGCCCCCGCGCCGACGCCGUCCCGGACCCCGAGGCCCAGCGGCCGCCCGCGCCCCCCGGCCCCGCCUGCCGCCCGCUGCCCUGGGCCCUCAGCGUCGCGCUGCUGCUGCUCGCCGGCACCUGCGCCGCCUGCUGGCUCAGCGCCUGGGUCGCGCCCGCGGCCUCCGCGGCGCCCGGCCCCAGCCUCCCCCGCGUCCCCGAGCAGCCGCCCGACGCCCGCGCCCGCCUCCCCGACUCUCCGCAGGCCGUGUUCGCGCAGCUGGUGGCCCAAGAUGUACAGCUGACUGAAGGGCCCCUGCGCUGGUACAGCGACCCAGGCCUGGCAGGGGUGUUCCUGGGGCCCGGCCUGAGCUACGACCAGCACUCGCGGGAGCUGAUGGUGGCAGAGCCUGGCGUCUACUAUGUUUUCUUGCACCUGAAGCUGCAGCGGGUGGUAUCCAGCUUCGGCUCGGGCUCUGUCUCCGUUGCCCUGCACCUGCGGCCCCUGGACGCUGGGGCUGCGGCCUUGGCCCUGACCUUGGACCUGCCGCCUCCAUCCCCCAAAGCCCCGGACUCAGCCUCUGGUUUCCGAAGCAGCCUGCUGCACCUGGGCGCGGGCCAGCGCCUGGGCGUUCACCUGCGCGCAGAGGCGGGGGCACACCUUGCCUGGCAGCUUGCGCAGGGCGCCACGAUCUUGGGCCUCUUCCGAGUGGCCACCAAAGUCCCUGCUGGACUCUCCCUGCCGCCAUGGCCCAUUGACACUGGGCCCGGGUACCCCCCGCCGGACAGAGAAUGAAUGCUGCCUUCUUUCCCCGGGGCUCUUGGUGACGCCCGGCCACUCUACCUCACCCGGCUUGGCAGGGGUCCCCGCUGCUGACCCCCUCCUCGAGGACUCUCCAAUGGGACUCUCUCCCACUCCUGCCUCAAGUCGAACUUUUGGUAUUUAUUCUGAGCCUGAGCUCAACGGUGUACUUUAUAUUAGUCCAUUGUAUUAAUCCAUUCAAUGUAUAUUUAUUGAACAUCUUCUAUAUGCCAGGCCCUGUGCAGGGCUGGAGACAGAGCAGCAAACAACGGGAAAAAACAAAACAAAACAAAAAACAACUAUUUAUGUCAAUAUGUGAGAAAUAAAGACUCAUCCACAGCCCUG